ACAACAAAAUCGUCACGAAAUAGGUUGAAAUCUGCUCUAUCAUAACACCAUGGAAUUCCGCCUUAAGAAACGUCCCCGUGUCGAGGUGAAAGUGGAGGUGGUCAGCUUGGAGACCAAGUAUCCGCACAAUGUGAUGAUGUACCACUACCCACCCACGGACGACGUGCACAUCGAGGAGUUUGAGGAGCUGGCUCUGGAGCGUCUGCGCCUCCUUCGUGUCCUAGAUCGCGCGAGCACCAGAAAUCUGCGCAUGCUAUCCGACGAAUGGAAGGAGUACGUGAAUGCGGAAUUGACCCGCGAAGGAUUGCGGAGCUACUUGAGGCUCUGCACCGCCGGCGGAGCCACCAAACACGAGUCGGAUAUCCAAACUCGUCGGAGGGAUUACCUCUCCCACUUCAUACUCCGACUUGCCUACUGCCGUUCCGAAGAUCUCACGCGCUGGUUCGUGGCCCGCGAAAUGGAUCUCUUUCGGUACAAGUUCGCCGCACUCAGCAGCGCUGAGGUGAAGCAAUUUUUGGAGGCCAACAAUUUUGAGAUCCAUCCCCUAACAGAGGCGCAAAAGGACGAGGUCAAGGAUGGCCUGUAUGAAAGUACUGCCGGCCAAAGUGUGGCCAAGAUCGAGCUGUUGGACUUCUACAAAGUGCCCUUCACUCAGGUGUUGGAUUUGGUGCGCGGACGUCGUUGCUAUUUAAAGGCAGGUUUUGCCUAUGUCAACACUCAUGAUCUGGUCUCCAUAGUAGGCACUCGGCAGCAGGACGAGAUUGAACAGGGUCUACAGGCCGCCAAAGGUCUGGUGGAGGAGGUUGAAGGCGAUGAGCGCAUUUCCCGCCUGCUGAAAGCCCUGCACAACUCGUACACCGGCAAGGAUUACACCGUCUGCCGGGAUGCGGCUGUGCCCAUUGAGUCUCUCGAUCAGCUUUCCAAGACCUCCAUGCCGAUUUGCAUGCGCAUGUGCCACGAGCACAUUCGCGCCCAACAUCACAUCAAGCAUGGCGGCAGAAUGCAGUAUGGUUUGUUCCUGAAGGGCAUUGGCGUGACACUAGAAGAUUCCUUGCGCUUCUGGCGCGAGGAGUUCACUAAGAAAAUUGAUGCGGAAAAGUUUGCGAAAACCUACGAGUACAACAUACACCACAACUACGGCAAGAAGGGCUCCAUGGUAAACUACACACCCUACUCCUGUGCGAAGAUCAUCAAGGAAAUGGCGGCGCCGGGCGAUUGCCACGGCUGUCCCUAUAAGUUCAUGGAUUCGGGCUCACUGAAAACGAAACUAACCUCCUACGGACUCUCCGCUAGUGCCAUCGAGGAGGUGAUGUUCUUCGUGUCCCGCGGCCACUAUCAGAUCGCCUGUGGAAAGUACUUCCAGCUUACACACAACGCCAACGUGGAGCCGUCCAUCAACCACCCGAACAAUUACUUCGAAGAGAGCCAGAUAUUAAUGGGCAAUCGGCAAAAACGCACCAACGGUCCCGCUGCGCCCAAGUCAAGGAUGCGUCCGGAUAUCAAGGGAUGCGGCGAUCGCUCCAUGCUGAUGGGCGACGACGACGACGAGUUGUGGCGAAUCGCCGAGACCCAAGAGCGCGUCAUACAGAGCCAAAAAGAAAUAUCAGAUGCCUUUAAUGAUGACCUGGAUCUUACGCAAAUUGAUUAUUGAAAGUACAAAUGAAAAUAGGUUAGACGUAUAGUUAAGUUCGAUAAAAUAAUAAUAUACUUCACAUACGA